AGGGACUCCACCAUGGCAGAGCGGAGGGGAAACUGGCAGAAAGAAGAGGACGACCUACCGGUUUAUCUCGCCCGACCCGGUUCGGCCAACCAGACUCCCCGGCAGAAAUACGGCGGCUUGUUCUGCAGCGUCGAGGACGCCUUUGAGAGUAAAACCAUAGACUUUGAUGCCCUCAGCGUCGGGCAGAAGGGGUCUCGAACCCCAAGGACCGCCAAGCGAGAGACCCACCAGGAAGAGACGAGCACGGUAAGAGGCGACAAGAGCCCUGCUGGUGUGGAAAGUCCUGCAGCAGAUAGCCAGGGAUGGAAAGACUCGACUCAAGUCGACAUCAGAGUCAGCAGAGGUAAAGAAGUGCUGCAGAACCUCGAAGAUGAGAAGAGCGACAGGCUUCUGAUCAAAGGCGGGAGGAUUGUGAACGAUGACCAGUCCUUUCAUGCUGAUAUCUACAUGGAGGAUGGCCUCAUUAAGCAAAUUGGAGACAACCUGAUCGUGCCUGGAGGGGUGAAGACCAUCGAGGCCAAUGGGAAGAUGGUAAUUCCCGGCGGCAUUGAUAUCCACACCCACUUCCAGAUGCCAUACCGUGGAACCACAACCGUGGAUGACUUUGCUCAGGGAUCAAAAGCCGCCCUCGCUGGUGGCACGACCAUGAUCGUGGACCAUGUGAUCCCAGAGCCUGGCACCAGCCUGAUAGAGGCCUAUGACCAGUGGAGGCAGUGGGCUGAUGAGAAAACCAGCUGUGACUACGCUCUCAAUGUGGAUAUCACCCACUGGAAUGACAGCGUAAAGCAAGAGGUGGAUAAUCUCAUCAAAGAGAAAGGUGUGAAUUCGUUCCAGGUCUACAUGGCCUAUAAGGACUACUACCAGAUAAGCAACAGUGAGCUCUAUGAGGUUUUUACCUUCCUGGCAGAGAGGGGAGGCAUUGCUCAGGUCCAUGCUGAAAAUGGCGAAAUCAUUGCAGAGGAGCAAGCUCGGAUGCUGCAGAUGGGUAUUACUGGACCAGAGGGACAUGUGCUGAGCAGGCCAGAGGAGCUGGAGGCUGAGGCGGUGUUUCGUGCCAUCACCAUCGCCAGCCAAACCAACUGUCCUCUCUAUGUGACCCGGGUCAUGAGCAAGAGUGCAGCUGACAUCAUCUCACAGGCCCGCAAAAAAGGAAAUGUGGUGUUUGGGGAGCCAAUCACAGCCAGCCUUGGGACUGAUGGGACACAUUACUGGAGCAAGAACUGGGCCAAAGCAGCUUCUUUUGUUACAUCACCUCCUCUUAGCCCUGAUCCCACCACUCCAGACUAUCUGAACACAUUGCUGGCCAGUGGAGACCUGAGCGUGACUGGCAGUGCUCACUGUACCUUUAGCGUGGCCCAGAAAGCCAUUGGCAAGGACGACUUCACUCAGAUCCCAGAAGGUGUCAAUGGAGUGGAGGAAAGGAUGACACUUAUCUGGGAUAAAGCUGUGACCACAGGUAAGAUGGAUGAGAAUAUGUUUGUGGCCGUCACCAGCACCAAUGCAGCCAAGAUCCUUAACCUGUACCCUCGCAAGGGUCGGAUUGCUGUGGGCUCGGAUGCCGACCUGGUCAUCUGGGACACAGACUCCAUUCGCACAAUCACUGCCAAGACACACAACUCGGCUGCCGAGUACAACGUCUUCGAGGGCAUGGAGCUCCGUGGAGCCCCCCUGGUGGUGAUAUGCCAGGGUAAGAUCGUCCUGGAAGAUGGGAAUCUUCAUGUCACCUCCGGAGUGGGCCGCUUCAUUCCCUGCUCCCCCUUCCCUGACUUUGCCUAUAAGCGUGUUAAAGCCAGGAAGCAGCUGGCAGUCCUGAGGGCAGUGCCCAGGGGAAUGUACGAUGGCCCAGUGUCCGAAUUCUCCAUGUCCCGUGGUGGCACCCCUUCGGCAUCGGCACGCACUUCUCCCACCAAACAGCCUGUCAGAAACCUGCAUCAGUCUGGAUUUAGUCUAGCAGGUAACCCUGCACUAUGCGGUCCCCCCACCCCAGAUGAAGUCCCCAUCAGGCCUGCUGGCCGUCGUAUUGUAGUGCCCCCCGGUGGCCGUUCCAACAUCACGUCUCUCAGCUAAACAGCAGGAAGACAAGGAGACGCUCCCAUAAUAAAACAGUCAGAGUGCAAGAUUGUGGGUGGGAGGGAAACGGGGAGGGAUGGAGGAGAUGCAGGGGACCAUGAUUAGUUCAAAUUUUAAGAAGCAAAACACUGAAUCCUCAUGCCUUACCUGUCACAAUGCUACUAUGCUCGGAUGAGAAUUGUAUCCUUUUUCCUUGGGAGAGUUGAAGUGGUCAGGAAUCACCACUAAAGCACAUUACACCGCAUCUAAAACAUCUUCUUCUUGGUACUUUGAUCGUGUAGGAAUACAUGAGUAAAUCUUUGCAUCAUCACAUUAAACCAAGAAAGAAAGCAAACUAUGUUCUCAAAGGAAAAUGGAUAACGAUUUCUCUGAAUGAUGCUAUUGUUCUUUAUCCUGUUUGGCUUUCAAUGUCACCCCCUUUUUUCAGUAGCCUGCUUUACUCCAUAGUCAGCAAAACAUAACACUAGCUCCUGCGUUAGCCAGGUAUUAUCAUACAGUUCCAUUGAUUAGCUCUAGGUGGCAUUGUAUAUAUGGUAGAUGUAAUGUAGCUUUGUGAAUGAUGUUGUUGCAGCCUGUUUGGGUUUACUGGACCAAGCAAAAUGUAUUUAUCAAAUCCGAGAGUGGGAGGGCUGUUGGACAUGGACCUGCAUGGGCCACAUUGACAUGGGCGACGUGAUCCGUGAUCCUUUUCCGCCUCCACCUCUGAGGUGUUUGAUGAGUACCAUUUCCAUGAUAUACUGUUCUGAUUAUUGAUGUUUUAAAGAAAAAAAAUAAAGAAGAUAAGACACGUCUGCUUAAGACAAGUGGAGACAAAAGAUUAGAAAGAGGAAGUAUGAGAAGGAUUUUACUAUUCUUUAUUCCCAAAAGGUUUAUGUCAGUUUAUAUUUCCUGCACUUCAUCAUUGCCCCUUAAGAAAAACAUUGCAAAAAAAACCAUCCUUUGCAUUUGCUUCUAUUGUACUGGCUGCUCCUAUAAUCCUAAAAGCAUCAUGGCAGACAAAAAAAUGAGAACCUGAUCACAAAAAGAAAGAAUUAACCAUCCCUUGUUAGCGCAACUAUAACUUGUAAUGAAGAGCUUUAUAGCUCGGGGUACCUAAGAUUAGAUGCAAUGACAUGUUUAAAAAAUAACAAAAACCUGCUUUCAGAUAAAAGCGCUUUAAGUGACCUCCAGCUUUACUUUCUCAUUCCUAACCUACUGGGCUCUCAUAUGAGGACAAGAGGAAAACCAUCAUUCUCUUGUCACUGCAGCACAACCUUCUAAUAAAACAAUCAGUGUACCCAACAUCAGCCGUGAAAAUAAGCGUGCCUAAUACUGAUCAUGUUGAGUCGGGGUGGGGGGGGGGGUGCAUUAGAGCUUUUUAUGUGUCUGCUGUUUCCUGAUAAGGCAGAGGAUUAUAGUGCAGUAAAGGAAGCUGUUCUUGUUCUGUUGUUGCCCCCUUGUGGGGGAAUGUUGGAAAGAGACCCUGUUUUUAUUUGGCAGACUGAGUGGUGGUUUGAUGUAUUUAUGUUGACAACCUUUAUUACUGUUUUUAUGUUUUUUUUUUACUGUUGUAUCAAGACCCAGAGAUGGCAGGUCAAACAUAAGGUGUGGAAGUUUGAAUUUGUUUCCUGAAUAAACAUGAGUUGCAACUGA